AUGUAUCUAUCUUCAUCUCUAUCUCAUUAUAUAUCAUAUCUAUCUAUCUAUCUUUUCAUUUAUUUUAUCUUUCUCUAUCUAUCUAUCUAUCUAUCUAUCUAUCUAUCUAUCUAUAUCUAUCUAUCUAUCUAUCUAUCUAUCUCAUUCUGUUCAUAUCUAUCUAUCUAUCUAUAUCUAUCUAUCUAUCUAUCUGUUCAUAUCUAUCUAUCUAUCUAUCUAUCUAUCUAUCUAUCUAUCUAUCUAUUCUUGUUCAUGUAUAUCUAUCUGUAUUAUAUUCAUUAUCUAUCUAUCUAUCUAUCCUAUCUUUCUCAUUCUGUUCAUAUCUAUCUAUCUAUCUCUAUCUAUCUAUCUAUCUAUCUAUUCUAUGUAUAUCUAUCUAUCUCAUUCUAUCUAUCUAUCUAUCUAUCUAAAUUAUCUUUCUCAUUCUAUAUAUCUAUCUAUCUAUCUAUCUAUCUAUCUAUCUAUCUAUCUAUCUAUCAUCUAUCUAUCUAUCUAAUCUUGUCUUAUAUCUAUCUAUUCUCAUUCUGUAUCUAUUAUCUAUCUAUCUAUCAUUAUCUAUCUUUCUCAUUCUGUUCAUAUCUAUUCUAUCUAUCUAUCUAUCUAUCUAUCUAUCUAUCUAUCUAUCUAAAUUUGUUCAUGUCUAUCUAUCUGUCUAUCAUUCUGUUCAUUAUAUAUCUAUCUUCAUUAUCUAUCUUUCUCAUUCUGUUCUAUCUAUCUAUCUAUCUAUCUAUCUAUCUAUCUAUCUAA